AAACCAAUAAGGAAACUCCAAGGCACUCUCUUUUAGAACAAUACUAAGCCUUUAUUUAUGGCUUAGUCAUCUUAAAUCUUAAAGUAAUCCGACGCGUUUCGGAAUACAAGCCUUCGUUAUAUUUCCAAAACAGGAAGAGACCUUCUUAUAAGCUUUCAAACAGACCAAUCAACAAACACAACCAAUCAAAAACCUUCCUUUUGGUAGAGGGAGGUUCAGAGUUGUAGGAUUAUAGAAAGACCACUAGAUGUCCUCCUUGGUAUUAAAUAAACCAGUGUAUUGUGUAGACCUACAGUAUUUAGCGUGCCCCGGAGCCCCUGUGUCCCUGUGUUUAACCUCCUCCUCACAGAGGAUAGUUAGUAAGUGGACCUUUUGAGCUUAGAUGAUUGUUGUUUGCAAAAGUAGUGAUAGGAAAAUGUAAGGAACCCAAGUUAUUUGCAGUGAUGGCACGAGGAAGAAGGGAGAAGAAAUGAACUCCAUGUCUUCAUUAAACAUUCCUGUCAGAAUUAAUUCUAUUUUUAGAUUCUCAUACAAUGAGCUUCCUAAAGACAAGAACUGGUCUGCCUACAGCAGAUAAACACCUUUUGUCUCUUACCACAGUGCUAUAAAGGCAGUAACUGAAUGCUGCAGCCUCCAAAUGAGCAGCAAUAUACAACAAUAUCAGUUCUUUGAACAGUUCUUGACACUGUCACGUCUGAGGUAGGAAAGAACUCAAGACAAGCUGGGACUCACCUUGGCAGGGGAUUAAGGAUGGCAAUGUCUACAGGAGAAGUCACAAGCUACAGUGACUGGAUGUCGCAACUAGCACCUCAACUCCAAGACACUCCUCUCUAUAAACUGGCCAUACCAGGUAGCCAUGACUCAAUGAGUUAUGACUUGGACAUCAACUCCACUAUAAUAGAACCUGAUGAACUGAAAAAAUUGAGCCCGAUACUAUGUGCACGUGAACUAGUGCGCACAGCGGCGACUACUCAGGAUGUGACUAUCACACAGCAGCUGGAUGCAGGAGUUCGCUACUUUGACCUGAGGAUCUCUCGCAAGACAAAUGACCCAGAGCCCAAUAAGUUUUACUUUUAUCAUGGGCUGUGCACACGGACUGAUGCGGAGACUGUUCUCAGGGACAUAAAUGACUGGGCAGGGAAGCACCCCAAAGAGAUCCUCAUCCUGGCUUUAUCCCACUUCAAAGACUUCGACAACAACAUUGAAGAGCUCCACCACAAUCUUAUCGAAUCCAUCAAGACCGUGUUUGGAGCCAAACUCUGUAACAAGGUAUCAACACAGGACCCUUUCCCAACCCUGAAGAGUUGCUGGGACAAAGGCACAAAUGUCAUAGUUUCCUAUGAUUAUUCUGCAAAUCAGGAGCCCGAGUUAUGGCCUAGAAUAACUUAUUACUAUGGCAAUAGUAUGGAGCCCGCAACGGUUGAAUCAAAGCUCGAAUCAGAUCUUCAUAUGAGAGGGCCAAACGCACAGAAUUUCUUUGUGUGCGGCCUGAACCUGACACUGCCAGAAGACACCAGGGUACUCAAGUACAUCCUUAACCCUUUUGACAAGCUUACCAACGUCAUAAAGAGGAGUCUGCCAAGGAUGCUGCAGUGGUUAAAACAGCAAUAUAGCCAAACACCUUAUAUAAACAUAGUUGCCUCAGACUUGGUGACUUGUGAUGACUUUGUCUCAACGGUUGUCCAGCUCAAUAAGCCUACUCCAACAUGUGUGGAAGCAUAAUGGAAGCUCAACAUAAUUUAUUUAUUUCUUUCUCUCUUUCUUUAUUUCUUUCUUUCUUUUCUAGUUUCAUCUCAGUGUGCAGUAGGGCAGACUAUGCAUACUUUACACUGGUCGAUGAUAUUGUGGACCUGGAAGGGGCGCUGUGUAGCCUACUGUUGGGGAGGGAGGCUAGUCUAUAUGUAGGCUAUGUAGCCCAACUGUUACAGGCUAAGGAGCUGCAUGUUAUGAAAUUGUUUGCCAGGUUUUCUGGUUAUUAAUCACUGUAUAUAGAUAUGGGGCUGGGUUGCUGUCUGGUGUGUGUGUGUUUUUCUUUGUUUU